AUGGGGGAGAAGAGAAGCAAGCAGAGCCCAAGGCCGAGCGCUUUACCUCUUGAGGUAGCGGUGGCGUGGUAUUCCACGAGAAAAGGUUUCAAUUGUGGCACACGUCAGUGUGAUGGGCUCACAGUAAAGAUAGGAGGCUUCCAUGGUUGCUCGCUGCCCUAUUCCCGCUGCCGAGUCUCGGCGUUCUUCGACGAAGAUGAAGAGGAGAAGCUUCUUUUGGAGGCCCUGGAUGCGGAGCUGGCUCAGGAGCUCCAGUUCCAGGAAGCUCUCCGAGCGUCACUAAUCAUCAGCAGCUCUGAAUCUUCCCCCGCCACCGUGGAUGAAAUUCAGGCGGCACGGUUUUCACCAAUAGCACUGUCGGCGGAAAAUCAGAUCCCGCCGGGGCCAGAUCCCGAUUUUUAG